AUGAAGGAUCCUAAAGUGAAGGCAUACAUGCGGGCCGAGUCCGACGAUGCCGGGAAAGAGACGGGGAAUUCACAGGAAAAUGACACUUCGGAGGCGGAAAAAGUCAGACCGGUCACCCCGAUCGAGUACGAUGAGUCGGAUGAUCCCAUGUUGAAUACAAACUGGUGCCGCCCCUUGGAAUGGUUAGCUCACGAGUUCCUACACGACAGUACGGCACUAUGGAUAUUUGCUGUGCACGUAUCCGUGUUCUUCGUCGCUAUCUGCUUCGGUCCGCUGACCCUGCCGUUGCGUGCGAAGUUCUCCAGCAGCCUGGAUUCUUUUCUGUCGGAUAGCAUGGUCGUUGAAUCGGUUGAGGCCGUGGACAUGCUUAGCGACAACUUAUCGCAUCUCCAGACUAUUCGCAAUGGUCUCUGCUUCCUCCUAACAACGUUGGCGGCUUUCGCUUGUACGUUGGUUGGAGUAAUGAGCGUGAGGUACGUCGCCAUCAAGCUGCUUGUACAGCCGCUGUUCUACAUCUCGCGCCUGGCGGUUGUGGUGACCUACGCCGUGGACCCCGCUGCCGCAUACUGUGUGUGGACUAUCGUAAAUUACACGCUGUUCCGCAAGUACACCGUUCCAGUGUACGACGGAACCACCUUGCUGUAUUACCGCUUUGAGAUUUUCGGCGAAACUUUUUCGAAACUGCAUGAAAUCGACCUGCGUUGCUAUACAUGGGCGAAUUCUGCGUUCCAGCUGUUAAUUCUGAUAUCGAUGAGGAAACUCGUGCUCAGUUCGCUGCUGUUUUUGUUCGAGGUGAGCUUUUUGCCAAACUACAGUGCCGAGUUGCGUGGUUUCCUCGAGGAUCAGGCAAUGCUGCGAAGGUUCAACGUCGCAUGGUUGAACUACGUGAACGCUGCGCGCGAGUCUGAUGACCCCAUCGUUAUAGAACGAGUAGAACGUGCGCGGAAAGCCAUCGAUAAGCUGCCGAUGCCCGAAACGCCGAUCAUACACAAUCACCAAGUGUAUUAUGAUGCGAAACACUUCACGAUUUUCCGUCCUCCAAUACACUGUUGGAAGUUCCGAAAGCAUAACUGUGCCGACAUGCAGCACAAGGUGGGUGAGCUGCCGCAGUUCUACAAGAAGCGGUGGAUCAAGCAGUGUUUGACCAAUGUGCUGACGAACUGGAGCGCUUUGCACUAUGUGGUCCACAAUCCGUCGGAACUGCUGUUCAUGGAUUACUACGUCCCACUGGUAUCCAAGAAGACUGUGGAGGAGUACUCGCAACUGCUGUUUGACCAUAUUUACGAGACUAUGGCAGCGCUCGAUCAUCCGGAUGUUGUGCGAGCUUUGUCAGGGCAGCAAAGACGACUGCUUACCGUGAAGCAAACCACGGACGAAAAUGUCGUUUGCACGUCAACUUUGGAUAUGCCCAUUGAUCGUUCCGUUUCUAGGCGUACGCAGCGAUUCGCUGCAGAUCCAGUUAUCGCUAAAGCCCAGACGCGUCCCCACUCAAUGAGGAUGGCAUCCAAUGCAGAUGAUUCUGACGUUGCCUCCGCUGACGAGAGCGGCACUGAUUAUCAUCGCCACAACUCGAAGCUGCGGCGCUCCGGCACGGAAACCGACGACAGGCGAUUCCUUACACCCAAGAUGUUUUCACAGCUAAAUCCGUCGGUGGUGGAGGCGUUUUUCGUGGCUUAUGAUAUAGGCAACUGCGGGUAUGUGAGCUCGGAAGUCUUUACGAGGAACGUAUUGUACAUGUGCUCACUACGUAAAAGACUUAUGAGUGCGUUGAAGAAUCAGCGCAGCAUUUUGGGGCUCGUGAGUCGUCUCCUAAGUACCGCGUUGUGGUUCUUGAUUUUCGUCGUUUUCUUGAUGACCUUCCGGGUGAACAAGAAUAUCGUGCUUCCUUCGGUUAUCGGUUUCUUCUCUGCCAUGAUCGUGGCACUGAGCUACAUGUACACCAGCUUCAUCACCGCUAUUAUAUUUGUGGUUUUGUCAAACCCGUACAAUGUCGGCGACCGUAUCCGUAUUGACAACGGCGAGGCGAUGUACGUGAAGGCCAUCACCACUUACAAUACGGAGUUCCGUUGCGUACACGAAAAGGUGAUCACGUACCAGAAUUCGGUGCUGAGCACAAUGAACAUAAUCAACGAGACCCGUGCGCGACAUGCCUCAACCGAAAUUGUGUUGAAGGUAGGAGCCUCCACCACGCCAGCAGCCCUUAAGCAGUUGGUCGAGAACGUUAAGAGCUUUGUUAACGGGCAUCCGCGUGAGUUCGUGCGGGACGGUUGUUUCGUGUACGGGUCUGAGGUCCAGGUUGGUCACUAUUAUAUGGUUAAAGUUCUGGUGACCUAUCUGGACAACUGGGCAUGCCCCAAAUACAUUUUCAAGCUGCAUAAUAAAGUGAUCAUGCAGCUGGUGCAGCAGUGUAACGUGCUAGGCAUCACGUACAAACGGCCCAUGGCCCCUGUGCAGUUCAGUGGCACGCUGAAUUAUGGCUGCAGGUCGUGA